AUGGUAAGGAGCCAUAACAAAAAAAUGUUACGAAAAUUGAAUCGCCCAGUUGCAAUUAGCGAAGCUACAAAUGUUCGAAGUCGGCCAAAUGUUGAAUCUGAGGAUGAACAACUUGAAAAGCAAGUUCUAUUAUGUAAAGGCCAACAAAUAAUGCUAACAACAAAUAUAUGGACCAAAGCAGGGCUCAUAAAUGGGGCUCUAGGUGAAGUAGUCGACAUUGUGUAUCAAUAUGGCUCCAAGCCACUAGAUAUUUCAGCAUAUGUAAUAACAAGAAUUAAUAACUAUAUUGGGCCAUCAUGGAAUCCAACAUAUCCAAAAGUUGUACCAAUAACUCCAAUAUCAUUGGGAAAUAGAAAACAAAUCCCGCUUAAGAUGGCGUGGGCUAUAACAGUCCACAAAUCCCAAGGCUUAACACUCCAGAAGGCAACGAUUGAUAUAGGAGCUAUUGAAAGACAAGGUUUGACAUUUACAGCCAUGUCCAGAGUUAAAACAUUAGACAGUCUUCAUAUAGAAACUGGAUUCUCCUUCGAAAGAUACUGUAAAAUGCAUAACAGUCCAUAUACAAUCAUUAGGAAACAAGAAGAAGCAAGACUACAACAACGAUCACUGUAA